CCACUAGGUGGUUUUCAGAGUAACGUCUGAAGCAACUGACUGCUUCAGUGAUGCUGGACGUUGAGUUGAUUGUAACUUUCCAGUACAAAUAAUACUAAUAACAGUAAAUAAGCAAAGGUGUACACUUUAUAAUCAAUUUAAUUGUCAUAGUUUAUGUGGUUAGAAUGCAUGCAAUCAGAGUUCUCAAGCGGAUGUAUUAUUUGAAGUUUACCAUGACAAACUACAGUAGAAUGGAUGUUAACCCAUUGGCCAUGACUUGUACAUACCAAUGGUUUUUCCAGAGAAGUCAUUCUGAUAGUAAUGUAAAAGCUCCAAACGUAUCAGAUGCUUGCAAAGAAGGGGGAAGAAUUUCCAACAUUUCUACCAGUAAGCCUGUAACAGAAAAUCAAAGUUCCAAAGUUUUGGAAGUGGGUGAAGAACCUGACCCUUAUGCUCCUUUUCCUGAUAAUGUUAACCCCAAAACUGGAGAAAUAGGAGGACCCAGAGGACCUGAGCCAACAAGAUAUGGAGAUUGGGAAAGAAAAGGAAGGGUUUCAGACUUUUGAAUUUAGAAAUGUAGAUUUUUUUUUCAGAAGAUAGAUUUUGCCAGAAGGUGUUUACAAGUGUCAAAUGAAUUCUCCACAUUGUUCAUCAACAUACUGCAAUAUAGUAAUAGAAGAACCAAUUAUAAUUAAUUUGUAAGCAGCAAAUAAAUAUUUGUUUUUAAAAAAAUAACUGUAGCAUCUAUUAUUUGAUUAUUGUCAUGAGAGUAUAAAUAUAUAUUAUUCUAUGUAAUAUAUAUGUAUAUUUUAUAUAUUCACAAAAAAUUGAAUUUUUUAUAGUUCCUGUUGUUCAACAAUUAACUAAAAUAGGCUAAUGUUGCUUGUCAUAUUAAUGUAACCUGUGCAAAAUGUUGAGAAGUGUAACUGAAAUUAUUCCGUGGUAUAGUGUAUGAAAUUAAAUUAGUUUGCAUUUAUUAGUAGAAGUAAUAAUUUUUUUAAAGAAACAGAAUAUUUAUUAUAUUUAACUGUAAUACGAUGGGAAAGCAAGCUUGUAAUCAACAGUUAUUCUGUAUUUCUGCAGUAAAAGCAAAAUUUUACAUGUAAGAACAUGAUCUUUGGCAGAUAUAUAAUCUACCAAACAUGAAAAAAUAAAUAUAUAGAAUUACAAAAAUUAAUUAAAAUAUAUUUUUUUUACACUACAUACUGAAAACAAUAACCAUUUUGCAUAAAGGGUGUAGACAGUAAUUUAAACAAAUAAAUACACUAGUAUAACCUCUUAUGUAAUAAUAGUUUCUCAAUUUCCUCAUUAAAAAGUUGUAACUACAAAUAUUGUUUCAAGGCUAGAUUUUUCAUGCUGUUCAGUAAAUUAGAGCAGUGGUUUUGACAGUAAACUUUAAAUGUAACUAUUGAAGGUUUACAGCACUUUAAUUGGGAUAGUAUAUGAAAUUGCACUAAAUAUAGUAAGGAUGAAGUGAAGCUUCUAUGUAAAUAUACGUAAUGUUUCCAAUGUCUAAUUAGUAAUAAGUGUGGAUUCUGAUACGUUGUCUCUGAACUAAACUAAAAGAAUAAAAUGAAAUUUGGAAUUGAAUAUCUCUGUAAAUAUUAGCAGCAUCUGAAGUUUUGAUCUUGUUAAACCUUCAAAGUUUUAUAUUUAUGGUUUCGGUAUGAUGAUGCAUAUUUAAAAACCUUAAUUUACCAUUGGUUAUAUGUGGAAGAAAUCUGUUUUCAUUGAAUUGGUUUUAAUGAUCUAGGGAUGUAGGUCAUGCAAAAACUUCAGUUUUUGGUUAUGUUCUGUCUGUUUAUUGGUGGCAAUAAUUCUUGUUUAUUACUUUAUAAUUUCAAAAUAGUAUUUUGAAAUCCAACAUUUUGGAACACUGUGAAAGUUAAUUUCUUUUACAAAUGAAUUUGUACAUACCCUUGCAGUUUUUUUCUUAGUGUUUGAAAUAUAUUCCCUUACAAUAUGUUAUACAUUUUCUGAAUACAAAUUUUUAAACUGCCUAUUACCUGUACUUCUGCAGAGUAAUGAAGAUAAAGUCAACACCGAAAGAUCAAACUUA